AUGAGGAGGAAAUGUCUGAAGACUCUCCCAUCGCUGUCCAGACUAGAACACCCCAAACCCUGUGACAUGGGCCUGGACAUGUGUCUGGUUGGUUCUGGUGACUGGAUCAGUAACGUUUCAUCCAAAUACCAGGACAUCAUCUCCAAAAGUAUUCUGAUCUCUUCAGGAUUUCCUGCUGUCUACCAGCUGAGACCAAAGGAAGUGAAGUUUGGGACUCUGACAAGAAAAACUGUUGGAGAGAAAAACCCAAAUGAGAAAAAGAAAACCAUCUUACUUGUAGGUGAAACAGGAACAGGAAAAUCUACUCUGGUCAACGCUCUGGUCAACUACACCAUGGGAGUGAAGUUUGAGGACAACAUCUGGUUUGAGAUCGUAAAAGAAGAGAAGAGAAGUCAGUCAGAGAGUCAGACAUCAGAUGUGAUCGUGUACGAGAUCUUUGGUUAUGAAGGUAAAACUCUGCCCUACUCUCUGACCAUCAUCGAUACUCCUGGAUUCGGAGACACCAGAGGGAUCGAACAUGAUGUCAUCGUUAGUCAAAAAUUAUUUGACUUGUUCCGCUCAGACGAUGGAGUUCAUGAACUUUCUGCAGUGGGUCUGCUGCUGAAGGCGAGUGAGAAUCGAGUGAGUGAUCGACUGAAGUACAUCUUUGAUUCAGUGAUGUCUCUGUUUGGAAAAGACAUUGAGAAGAACAUUGUCGCUGUCAUCACACACUCAGAUGGAAGAAGACCUAAAAAUGUUUUGAAAGCUCUUGAAGCUGCAAACAUUAAAUGUGCCAAAGAUGAGAGGAAUCUGCCUGUUCACUUCCUGUUUGAUAAUUGCCAGAGUGAAAACCGCAUCGAGGAAGAGUUAGAGGACCUUAAAGACUCAUAUGAUGUAUCACUGAAAGGUUUGGGCCGGUUUACAGAUUUUAUGGAAAGAACUGCACCUCAAGAGUUGGGUAUGACAAUUGAAGUGUUGAACACACGUAUCCAGCUGACAGCCUGCAUCCAAAACUUACAAGAACGUAUUGAGCAGAAUGAACUGAAACAGAAGGAGAUCCAACAGACUGAAAAAGCUCUGAGGGAACAUCAACGAGGGAGUGAGGAGAAGAUAACCAUAGAAGUUGAUGAGGUCUACAAAGACAAAGAACAGAUCCAGUGUGGGAUGUGGUGGGGUGUAUUUUACCAAGGAGGCAUCUGUUGUGAUGUCUGUGAAGAAAACUGUCAUUAUCCAUGCACAUUGGCCUGGAAUCCUGGAGCAUGCAAGGUCAUGAAAAAAGGCAGCUGCACUGUUUGUACCAAGAAGUGUCCUGCAUCAGCUCAUGUGAAAGAAAAGUUGAGGUACGUGAACAAGACCAGGAAAGUUAAAAAGACCUUGGAGGAGUUGAAGCAGAAAUAUGAAGCAAAGUAUCAGGAGAUCGAGGACGUGUUGUUGUUUCUUAAAACGGAGAAAGAAAAGCUCGACAAAGAGAAGAAUGUUUUGCUGGAUGAGUCCUACCAACAUGUGGUCAAACUGGAGCAGAAUGCCCUGAAUGUUAAUUCAGUGUCCACUUAUGUCCACUUGGACUUCCUGAUUGAGAAGAUGAAGGAGAGAGGAGACAGAGAGAAUGCGAAAAAGCUGGAGGAGAUGAAGAAUCAAGUGGAUGAAAAAACCAAGAAAAUGACGCGGCCUCGCGGUCUUCGAAGACCGCGUGCUACUGAGGAACCUCAGAAGGAUGCAUCAACCGUUGUGAAAUGGAACGGUCUAGCCUUCGAAGCAUUUCCUGGUUGCGUCACCAGCUGCGUCACCAGCUGUUCCCGCCCAUAA